AUGGAGUCUCGAGUGUCCACAGGGGCCUCUUCCGAGCCUCUGAGGAUUCUUUCACUUGAUGGCGGGGGGAUUCGUGGAAUAUCAAGCCUCCUUAUCUUGGAGGAAAUCAUGCAAACGAUUCACAAGGUUCUUCAACUGGACCAGGUCCCGCGACCAUGCGACUAUUUCGACCUGAUCGGGGGUACAAGCACUGGAGGGAUCAUUGCUAUCAUGCUUGGCCGGCUAGGAAUGACCGUGGACGAAUGCGUACGAGCGUACCGCAAGGUUGCUCAGCAGGCAUUUACUCCUAAGCGGUCCUCCUCCUUACUCCCGGCGCCACCGAAGGGAGCCUUUUCCGCUCAAGCGCUCGAAAGUGCCAUCAAACAAACAGUUCGAGAGUUCUGCACGGAGAAGGAGUGUGUGAACCGUCGGCUUGAAGGCCGUCCGACAACUGAUUCGUGUCCACACUCUGAUUUGGCCUUCCGCGAUCAAAAGUGCACAAAGACGGUCGUUUUGGCAAUAACCAAGGCUAAUAUCGACGCGAGACCAACGCUCUUCGAGACGUACGACACUUCAGCUCCUUUUGACGGAUGCACUAUAUGGCAAGUGGCGCGUGCCACUUCGGCUGCGACUACGUUCUUCAAAUCCAUUCAAGUCGGUCGAGAUGGGAUCGAGUUUAUUGAUGCUGGAUUCGGGUAUAAUAAUCCAUGCGAUGAACUCAUCAAGGCAGCCCAACAAGCAUUUCCUGGACGUCGAGAUCAGCUGGUUCUAAGCAUUGGGACCGGUCUUGGAAAUGUGGUCGAUAUCAAGAAUACGCGGCUGUCGAUUAUCAAGGCCUUAAAGUCAAUGGCUACAUCGUCUCAGAAGGUAGCCGCCAACUUGGACCAUCGAUACGGAGACAGCGACCAGUACUUCCGAUUCAACGUGGAUCGUGGCCUCGAGGAUAUCACAUUGUCAGACUGGGAGCAGGCAAGCACAAUCGCCGCGCAUACCAGAAACUAUCUUUCUGCGCAGUCUAGAGCGAUUGAGAAGUUCGUUCAUGUUUUCACGCGGCGUGCCCUGUCGGCAGAUAGGUCUGGCGUUGAGCCGUCCCCCUCUGACGGCCAGCAAGCGCAAGAAGGUGAUGGAAAUAAGCUACGUGGCCACGAUCAAUACAAGCCUGUCUAUGUCCUUCCCUCUAUUGCAAACCGCCACUUUAGUGGACGUGACAAUACGCUAGAAUUGCUCCAACAGAAACUUUUCACCCUGAAAGAAAGCCCAAAGAUUGCCCUGUACGGACUAGGGGGCAUCGGCAAAACACAAGUUGCUCUACAGCUUGCGUACUGGGUGAAGAAACAUCUGCCAGAGUAUUCUAUCUUUUGGGUACCUAUAUUAAGCGAGGCGAGUUUCGAGCAGGCCUACACAGAAAUUGAGAGAAAGCUUGCCAUUCCCAAAAUCUCGGACAGUGAAACUGUUCUAGAAAUGGUGCGCCGGUAUCUUUCUUCAGAGGCAGCCGGAAAGUGGCUUUUUGUUGUGGAUAAUGCGGACGACAUGGAUAUGCUUUUCGGCAAUGACGAUGUUCCUGGUGGGCUCUGCAAGUACUUUCCUGCUAGCGACAACGGCAUGACGUUCCUCACUACUCGUUCCCGCGAGGUGGCGGUGGAAUUUGCGGGGAUGGACAUAAUUGAACUCGAAAAGAUGAAACCGGAAGAAGCAACUGGCCUUCUCAAGAAGGUCGUGAAAGGAGAAUUGCUCCGCGAUCAGGCGGCAACGGCGCAAUUACUUGAGGAGCUCAAUUGGCUGCCUCUAGCCAUAACACAGGCGGCUGCAUAUAUCAACAAGACGGGCAUCUCGACUUCGAGGUACCUUGAGCUAAUGCACGGCACCGAAAAGGAUAGAAUGAAUCUCGUGAGCAGGCACUUCCAUGAUAGCACUCGCUACCCUGAACUCCGGAAUGCCAUUGCCCCCACAUGGCUCAUUUCUUUCAACAAGAUCAGGGACUCAAAUCCUUCCGCCGCUAAAAUACUGGAAUUCAUGUCUUUUAUUGAGCCAAAGGCAAUCCCACGAUCUAUUCUCCCUCCUCUCGAGUCGGAGGAGGAUAUGGAGUUCGCAAUUGCUAUCGACGCGACUGUGGUUGCAGAAGGGGGAGAUACGCUGCGGAGUAUCCAGAGCGCCACACGGCAUAUGGAAUUGAUAUUUCCAUCCGAUGAAUAUUCGAACCGUGAGAUCUGGAGAGCAUACUUGCCACACACUCUUAGCAUUCUCCGACACGAUGAGACGCAAGACAUGGAUGAGAGAUACGAAUUAUUAUAUUGGGUUGCACAGUGUCUCUUGGUAGAUGGCCGGGCGAGAGAGGCCCUUGGCUAUUUUGAAGAAUAUUCAAGGUGGAAGGAGAGUUAUCAUGAUGAUGAAGAACACCCUGCUCGACUAGCAUCUCAGCAUGAGCUCGCAGGAGCUUAUCUCGAUAACGGACAGAUUAAGCAGGCAGUAAACCUGCUUAAACAUGUGGUUGCGGUACGAGAGAAAACUCUUGACGAAGAGCACCCCGACCGACUCGCAUCUCAGCAUGAGCUCGCAGUAGCAUAUUUCAAAGACGGACGGAUUCAGCAGGCAGUAGAGCUGCUUAAGCAUGUGGUUGCGGUAGGAGAGAAGACUCUUGACGAAGAGCACCCCGACCGACUCGUAUCUCAGCAUGAACUCGCAAGAGCAUAUCUCAAAGACGGACAGAUUAAGCAGGCAGUAGAGCUGCUUAAGCAUGUCGUUGCGGUACGAGAGAAGACUCUUAAUGAAGAGCACCCUGUCCGACUCGCAUCUCAGCAUGUACUCGCAAGAGCAUAUCUCGGUGACGGACGGAUUCAGCAGGCAGUAGAGCUGCUUAAGCAUGUGGUUGCGGUAGGAGAGAAGACUCUUGACGAAGAGCACCCCGACCGACUCGCAUCUCAGCAUGAACUCGCAAGAGCAUAUCUCGGUGACGGACAGAUUAAGCAGGCAGUAGAGCUGCUUAAGCAUGUCGUUGCGGUACGAGAGAAAACUCUUAAUGAAGAGCACCCUGUCCGACUCGCAUCUCAGCAUGUACUUGCAAGAGCAUAUCUCAAAGACGGACAGAUUAAGCAAGCAGUAAUGCUGAUUAAACAUGUGGUCGCAGUGAAAGAGAAAACGCUUGACGAAGAGCACUCUCGACUCGCAUCUCAACGUCUACUCGCAAGAGCAGUCCAAGCCUAUGAAAAAACCCAAGACAAAGAAUAA